AUGCUCUAUCCCGAGGCAAUUGCUGACAACGUGGUGGAAUUAACAACAACAGACAGCACGAAGUUUAGUUUCGACCUGGAAAACGGCGGCGUCGUAAUCCGUAACUCGUUGCUAGACAUGCGAAUGGCUGACGUGUCGAUGACGUCUCACCCGUUGAGCUCGUCGCAGAUUCCCGCCGAGUUUUCGCUCUUCGUGUUUUCCAUCACUCUUGUUCCUCCUCGUUAA